AUGCUCCCCCUCCCCCCAACUGCGAUUGCCACGGCCUCCGCGGCGUCGACGGUAAUCUAUGCCUCUGGCGCCAACUUACACGCCUUCCCCGCCGCUUCGUCCAAGGCGGAGGGAUCCAACACCGGGCUGAUUCGCAAGCUGGCACUGAGCGCGGACGGCACGGUUGCGGUCAGUGCCGGUGACGACAAGACUCUGCGUGUUUGGGAUGUCAAUGGCGAGAUUACGCUUCGGAGCACGCGUUACACGCUCAAGCGCGUUGCUUGUAUGUCGUUCACGAAGGCGAAUGACAUUCUCGUCACUGACAAGGUGGGGGACGUCUUCCUCUACCCCCUCGAGCCGCGCGAGGCCGGCGAACGUGCCCAGGGCUUCAAGGAGCAAGCGGACCCCUCGCUCAACCCCGACGCCGACUUCCUUCUGGGCCACGUCUCGACUGUGUCCCAACACGUCCUCACGCACGACGGGAAGCGAAUCAUCACUGCCGACCGCGAUGAGCACAUCCGUGUCAGCCGCUUCCCCAAAUCCUACGUGAUCGACAAGUACCUGUGGGGCAGCGAGGGCUUCGUGUCGGCGAUCCACGUGCCCGAGUCGGAACCCAACAUCGUGGUUGCUGGUGGGGGAGAGCCUACCCUCCAGAUUUUUGACUGGACGGCCGGCGCUCUCCUCCGCCGAGUCGAAAUCUUCCCAGCCGCACUCGACUAUCGCCGCGUCCGCCCGUCCCCGCGCAAGAUCAAGAACAAGAAGCGCGCUGAAGCCGUUGCUGCGGCGGCUAAGAAUGGACCAGCCCCCAGCGACGACCCGCGCGACCCCGGCUUCUGUGUUGCGGGGGCGGGCAUGAUGUUCCCCACGGGCCCGAACAUCUGCAUCGAGAAGAUCGACAGUGUUGUGGUCGACGGCAAAACGGUCAUUGUGUUCUUUGCGGAGGGUUGCACCGCUGUUCAUGCCUUCGUGCUGCCAGAAGGCGACGGCGAGGUUACUGUGCACUCGUUCCCUGUUUCUCACCCCGUUCUCGGCUUUUCGCGCGUGCCAGGGAGCACGAACCAGCUGGUGCUCACCGUCGACGCAACGUACGGCAAGAAGGAGGCUGAGGAGGGUCUGGCGAACCAGAUGUUUGCGAUCAUUGAGAUUGACGCCGAUGGCCAGAUGGGCGACGCUUCCGCGUCCAACGCCGAGCUCCUUGCGACCCUCGCCGCGCCGAUUAUCCCAACCACGGCACCCGGCACCAUCGCUGGACUCAACCUGUACCCCAAUCUCGGGCUGUUCCCCCGCUGGCCCGGGUUCGAGGAGGACGAGGAGCUGGCAGGUGACUCAGGCGCUGCGACGCCAACGCCGAGCGAGUACGAGGGCAUGGCGCCUAAGCAGCUGGGCCGGCUCAAGGCACAGGGCGUUGACGUGAGCGAAUACCUCUCGAAGAAGCGCAGGAAAGGCAAGGACGGCGAGGCCCAGUCUGUGACGCCUUCACUGGAAGUCAAGCCAUAG